UGAGAUUUAUCAAAUGUAUUUGAGACGGCCCGCUGACAGCUUCGGUCGCACCGGUGAUGACGUCACCGUGCUCCCGGAAGUGGUCCGUUGUGCUUGUGUCUUCCCCACGUGUGGAGUAGUGCUGGGGCUUCUAGUGCACGCACACGGCCGAGUGGCGGCCUCCUCCCUUCAGUCCCGUUCCAGACAUGGAGCACUUCCAGCUCAGCCUGUCGGGACUGGGUACUAUCGCUCAGAAGAGCGGCGGAGAGCUCAGCCAGUAUCUGUGCAAGCAGCUAUGGACUCCACAGGACAGAGAGUCUCUGCUAAGCAUUUUAGCACAAUUGCUCUUGGACAAGGACUGCACAUUGCUAAUUGGACGCCAGCUUCGACCCUUGCUUUUGGAUCUUUUGGAGAGAAAUGCAGGAUGUAUAAAAGCAGGAAGUCAAGUCAAUCAUGACCUUCAUGAGAGGUUGUGUGUUGCAAUGAGCAAACUGGUUACCAAUCAUCCUGAUGUCCUCCCAUUUGCAUUACAGUAUUUUCAGACAGCUUUACCAGUAUUCCAAAGACUCUUCCUGGAAAGCUGUGAUGCCAGCACAGUCCGCUAUGGCCGGCGACGGAUGAAACUGCGUGACCUUAUGGAAGCGGCUUACAGAUUUCUGCAGCAGGAUAAAUUCUACUUUAUAGAAAUGUGGGACUGGAGCGUCUGUGUGCCUCUGCUAAAAAGCCAUGACUUAGCUGUCCGAUGGUACACUGCCCACUGCCUGGCUUUGGUUACUUCAAUGUCUGAUGACAACAGACAGACCUUUUUGAAGAAAUUAUUUGGUACAGAUGAGUUAAUGCAUUUCAAACUUCAGUUGCUGGAUGAGCUGCACAGUCAGAAUAUUGAACAAGGUCUUUUAGUGACCAACACAGAAAAGUCCUUGUGGUGUAAAAGCAAGAACCAGCAGUACACACAAGGUCAAAUUUUAUCCAGUGAUCUCUGUUCACGAGUUGUGCCUGUUUGUGGAAUAACACUUCCUAAAAUUAAUUUGAACGCAGAACAAGAAAUUCAAAACAGUCCAAUGGUAUUGGUGGAGUCAACUUGCCGCAGUCUUCAAAGUCUUGCUCAGGCAGUUUCCUAUCGGAAGGCUGUGCUUCUGGAGGGACCCAUAGGUUGUGGAAAAACUGCGUUGGUGGAGCAUUUGGCCACUGUGACAGGACGUUUGAAACCACCUGACAUAUUCAAAGUUCAACUUGGAGAUCAGACUGAUAGUAAGAUGUUGCUUGGAAUGUAUCGCUGCACAGACAUCCCAGGAGAGUUUGUGUGGCAGCCAGGAACAUUAACACAAGCUGUUGCUUAUGGGCAUUGGAUUUUGCUUGAGGAUAUCGAUUAUGCACCUUUGGAUGUGAUAUCCGUGUUAAUUCCUAUUUUGGAAAAUGGUGAAUUGGUAGUUCCUGGAAGAGGAGACUGCAUAAAAGUGGCUCCAGGUUUUCAGCUGUUUGCCACCAGGAGGUUACUCAGCUCUAGUACUGGUGUCUGGUACAGACCACCAAAUAGCCAUGCCUUGUUACUUGAUAAAUACUGGACCAAAAUACAAGUGGAUAACAUGAGCAGAAGCGAACUAAAAGAGGUGCUUCAUCAACUUUAUCCCAACUUGGAUCUGGUUACUGAUCGGUUGCUAGACAUAUACAUUCAGCUUACAGGAGAUAAGCAUCAGACAUUGUCAAUCCUUCACUCUGAUAGUUCUUUGGAGUCCGCCUUUCUUCAAGGCCCAAAGGCAGAAGACAAGAAACCAAAUCUUGAAGGUAGAGGAUUGUCACUAAGAGACUUGUUGAAGUGGUGUAACAGAAUUGCCUAUAACUUUGAUGGCUCCUCAUCAAGCACUGCUUUGAAUAUAUUCUAUGAGGCCCUUGACUGCUUCACUGCCAUGCUUUCUAAACCAGCAACCAGACUCAAGAUGGCUGAAAUAAUUGGAAGCAAAUUAAAUAUUUCUAAGCAAAAAGCAGAAUUUUACUGCCAGCUUUAUAAGCCGGAAAUUGUUAUCCGGGAGUUGGAUGUCUCUGUUGGAAGAGUGGAGAUGCUUAGAAAACAAACUGAUACUAUUCGUCUUCAAAAGGAGAAGAUUACAUUUGCUGCCACGCGACCUUCUACAAUAUUGAUUGAACAGAUUGCAGUGUGUGUCAAUAAAGGAGAGCCUGUAUUGUUGGUGGGAGAAACUGGCACUGGCAAAACCUCCACAGUCCAAUAUCUUGCUCAUGUUGCAGGUCAGCGCCUACGUAUUGUGAAUAUGAACCAGCAGAGUGAUACAGCAGAUCUCUUAGGAGGUUACAAGCCCGUAGAUCAUAGACUAAUAUGGCUUCCAAUGCGAGAAGAUUUUGAAGAGCUUUUUACUCAGACAUUCUCUAGAAAGCAAAACAAAACUUUUCUGGGACACAUACAGACAUGCUAUAAGCAAAAGAGAUGGCAAGACCUGCUGAAAUUAAUGCAGCAUAUUGUGAAAAAUGCCAUGACUAAGGUUCAGGGUGCAGAGUCAGAGUACUUGUUGAAGAAAAAAUGGGAAACCUUUUCAUUGCGUCUAAAUCAAGCCCAGCAGCAAAUGAGGAUGACAGAAAAUGCUGUACUAUUUGCAUUUGUCGAGGGCACACUAGCUCAGGCUGUAAAGAAAGGAGAGUGGAUUUUGCUGGAUGAAAUUAAUUUGGCAGCUGCGGAAACUCUAGAGUGUUUGUGUGGUUUACUAGAAGGCUCAUCAGGAUCACUGGUUUUACUGGACAGAGGAGACACAGAUCCCCUGGUACGUCAUCCAGAUUUUCGAUUAUUUGCUUGCAUGAACCCUGCUACCGAUGUGGGAAAGAGAAACCUACCACCUGGAAUAAGAAAUCGGUUCACUGAGCUUUAUGUGGAAGAACUCGAAAAUGAGAAUGAUUUACAGAUACUAAUCACUGAUUAUUUGAAAGGACUCAAUGUAAAUAAGACAGUUGUCCAAGGAAUUAUCAGCUUUUACUUGACCUUACGAAAGAAGGCCAAUAUGGAACUUGUGGACGGCACGGGCCACAGACCUCACUAUAGUUUACGUACUCUAUGCAGAGCUCUAAGAUACUGUGCUUCAAAUCCAUGUAGCAACAUCCAGCGUUCUUUAUAUGAGGGAUUUUGCCUCUCCUUCCUUACUCAGCUUGACAGGGCAUCUCACUCAAUAGUUCAGGGCUUAAUAUGCCGUCAUAUUAUACAGUCUGGCAACAUCAAAGGCCUUCUGAAGCAGCCUCUCCCUGAGCCACAUGGCGGACGCUUUGUUCAGAUCGAAGGCUACUGGAUUCCUGUGGGUGAAAAGAACCCAGCAAUAGAUGAAAGUUACAUCCUAACCCCCUCAGUAAAGCUCAAUCUACGAGAUCUUGUUAGAGUUGUCUCUGCGGGGAAUCAUCCAGUCCUUCUACAAGGAGAAACAUCUGUUGGAAAAACAAGUUUGAUUCGCUGGUUGGCCUGUGCUAGCGGGAAUCAUUGUGUGAGGAUUAACAACCAUGAACAUACAGACAUCCAAGAGUACAUUGGCUGCUAUACCUCUGAUGCUUCCGGAAAACUUGUAUUUCAGGAAGGUGUUCUGAUUGACGCAAUGAGAAAAGGUUACUGGAUCAUAUUGGACGAGCUGAACUUGGCUCCAACAGAUGUGCUCGAAGCUCUCAACAGAUUGCUGGAUGACAACAGAGAACUGUUCAUUACUGAAACUCAAGAAGUGGUUAAAGCACAUCCACGGUUCAUGCUUUUUGCCACACAGAAUCCACCCGGAAUUUAUGGUGGCAGAAAGGUGUUAUCAAGGGCUUUUCGUAAUCGAUUUGUGGAACUGCAUUAUGACGAACUUCCAAGUGCAGACCUGGAAACAAUUUUGCAUAAGCGCUGCAGCCUGCCACCAUCUUAUUGUAAUAAACUAGUUGCUGUUAUGCUAGAGUUACAGUCUCUUAGAAGAGGAUCCUCAGUGUUUGCAGGAAAGCAUGGUUUUAUUACACUUCGUGAUCUCUUCCGCUGGGCUGAGAGGUACCGCCUAUCUCCGCAAACAAAUCAUGAAUAUGACUGGCUUCAGCACUUGGCAAAUGAUGGUUUUAUGCUACUGGCUGGCCGAGUAAGGAAGCCGGAAGAGGAAGAUGUUAUAUUAAAAGUCCUGAAAAAGUGCUUCAGGAAAGAGGUGGUGCCAGAAGCCCUCUUCUCCACAGAAAAUGUCCAAAAGCAAUUAGAAAGACUUUCCAUUAAGGCUGGUGUUACAGAUGAUGAUAAUUUUUCCCAUAUUGUGUGGACCCAGGCAAUGAGUAGACUUGCAGUUCUUGUAGGUCGAGCUUUAGAAUUUGGAGAACCAAUAUUACUUGUUGGUGACACUGGUUGUGGGAAAACCACCAUAUGCCAGCUAUUUGCAGCAUUGUCAGACCAAACCUUGUAUUCUGUGAACUGUCAUCAGCACAUGGAGACUUCAGACUUUUUGGGUGGACUACGACCUGUUAGACAUAGAUCCAAGAGCAAAGAUGACAUGGAAAACACAAAGCUAUUUGAGUGGCAUGAUGGUCCUUUGGUGUUGGCUAUGAGAGAAGACAGCUUUUUCUUGAUGGAUGAAAUCUCUUUAGCAGAUGAUUCUGUUUUAGAGAGGCUGAACAGUGUUCUUGAAGUUGAGAAAACAUUGGUUCUGGCUGAAAAGGGAAGUGAAGACGAUGAUAGUGAUGUUGAGUUCUUAACAGCUGGGCUUAAGUUCCGAAUUCUGGCUACAAUGAACCCUGGUGGUGACUUUGGCAAGAAAGAGCUCUCUCCUGCCCUGCGCAACAGGUUUACGGAGAUUUGGUGCCCACAGAGUAAUAAGCGGCAAGAUCUUUUAGAAGUCAUUAAACACAAUCUAAAUCCUAGAAUAUGUCUCGACUCUAUAGAAGGCAACGAUGGUGGAAUAGCUGAACUGAUCAUGGACUUUAUUGAAUGGUUGAUCAGCCAAGAUUUUGGUCGUCGUUGUAUACUCAGUAUCCGAGACGUACUUUCCUGGGUGAAUUUUAUCAAUGUUACGGCAGAUGAUACAUCAGUUAAAGAAGACAUUGGAACAACUCUUAAUGCUGUUUUGGCUUUUAUACAUGCAGCAUGUCUUGUGUACAUUGAUGGCUUAGGAUCAGGUUCUACGUUUUGCUCUGCUGAGACUGCUGUAUCAGCCCGACAAAAGUGUAUGCACUUUUUGCAAGAAAAGCUUACUACUGUCAUGGAGAUUACCGAAGAUGUGUUGUCAGAGCUUCACAUGUAUGAGUCCAAGGAACGUAAGAUUAGUUGGUUGGGGGACUCUUUUGGAAUCCAUCCUUUUUAUAUCCCUCGAGGUCCUAUUUUUGAAGGAGAAGAUUUGAGUAAUUAUGCACUUAAUUCACAAACUACUUCAAUGAAUGCGCAGAGACUAUUGCGAGCCCUGCAGCUGCAGAAGCCCAUUCUGUUGGAGGGGUCACCAGGUGUUGGCAAGACUAGUCUUGUAUCUGCGUUGGCCAAAGUAUCUGGGAACCAACUUGUGCGAAUUAACCUUUCUGAACAAACGGAUGUGACCGAUUUGUUUGGCACUGACUUACCAAUUGAAGGGGGCAAAGGUGGUGAGUUUGCUUGGCGAGAUGGCCCUUUUCUGUCAGCCUUAAAAGCUGGACACUGGAUUUUAUUAGAUGAACUCAAUCUUGCCUCUCAGUCGGUACUGGAAGGAUUGAAUGCUUGCUUUGACCAUCGGUCUGAGGUAUACAUACCAGAACUAGGCAUGACAUUUCAAGUACAACAAGAGAAGACAAAGAUCUUUGGUUGUCAGAACCCCUUCCGGCAAGGUGGUGGUCGAAAAGGACUCCCACGAUCUUUUCUUAACAGGUUUACACAGGUGUUUGUGGAUCAACUUUCACCAUGUGAUAUGGAAUUUAUAGCCAAUGCACUAUUUCCCACCUUGGGUGAAGCUAUUGUUUCUAAAAUGGUUUCUUUCAACAACCAGGUUGACCUGGAAGUAAUGACUCAGAGAAAAUGGGGUCAAAAAGGAGGACCAUGGGAGUUUAACUUGAGAGAUCUGUUCCGUUGGUGUCAACUUAUGCUGCAUGAUCAGUCACCGGGAAACUAUAAUCCUUCUCAGCACGUGUUUCUGGUCUACGGAGAUAGAAUGAGAACAAAAGAAGACAAACAAAUGGUAAUUUCUGUGUUCAAGAGCGUGUUUGGACAGGAUCAUGUUCCUUACGUGGGUACUCGACAGUUUUACAUCACACCUCCGGUUGUGCAGGUUGGCUAUUCGUUUCUUGCACGUUGCCCGGAGAGUCCCUCUACUCCACAUAGAAGUCUGUCUCUUCUUCACCAUUCUCUACAAUCACUUGAAGCAGUUAUGAAAUGCGUAGAGAUGAACUGGAUGGUUAUCCUUGUGGGCUCUGCAGCUGUGGGAAAAACUAGCCUCAUUCAGCUUCUGGCUCUCCUGACAGGCAACAAGCUGAAAGUUAUGGCCAUGAACAGUGCUAUGGACACUACGGAGCUCCUUGGUGGAUAUGAGCAGGCGGAUAUUAACAGACCAUGGCAGCGGCUCCUAGAGAAGGUAGGAAAUGCCGUCACAACCCUUGUAAGAGACAGUCUCCUUGCUACAGACAUCACUCCAGAUGAGGCGGAAAAUUUAUUACGAUCCUGGAGCCAUCUGAACCUCAGUCAUAAGCCCAAGUCAGUGGCAGAAGGAGGCAGGGGCAUUACUACAGAACUACUUAACAAACUUGAGUCUGUACUUCUGCAAAUCCAGAGACUGAAUGGAAAACUCAACUCCUUUUCAAAAGCAGAGUUUGCUGCAAUUUUGGACCAUUUACACCACUUUAAGGACGAGCUUCUCAAUUCAGUAGAGGGGCAGAGUACUGGGACCUUUGAAUGGGUGGAUGGAAUGUUGGUUCAAGCUCUGCAGUCUGGCGACUGGUUACUUAUGGAUAAUGUCAACUUUUGCAGCUCCUCUGUACUAGAUCGCCUUAAUGCAUUACUGGAGCCUGGAGGUGUUCUCACUGUAAGUGAGAGAGGAGUUAUUGAUGGAACCAUUCCGACUAUAACACCACACCCAAACUUUAGGCUGUUUUUGUCAAUGGAUCCUUCCCAUGGGGAAAUAUCCAGAGCUAUGAGGAAUCGGGGCAUUGAGGUUUAUAUGUCUGGAGAUGGUGAUGGAGUCAUGUUCGAUUCUUUUGACAUCAAAUAUGUAUUAAAUGGUUUUGGUAUUAUUGGAGACCACAUAUGCAAUGCUUUGAUAGCAGUGCAUGCUGACAUUAAGGAAUCUGUCAUUGGUUCUCCUUGCAGCUCUCUGUCGUACCUGCUCCAUGCUGCUGCUCUGCUUUCCCAACAGCUGCAAAGAGGCCUUAGUCUGGAACAGGCUUUCCAAAGAGCCUGUAGUGAAGUGUUCAUUUACUCACAGCACUCUCUCUUAGCCCAAAAGCAAGUGCACGAAAUUAUUACAAGACAUGUUUGUAGUCUCACACCUUCAGACAAUGGAUCUUUGCUGUCCAUUGGUCUGUGGCCCGACAAAGUGCCUUCUGCUCUUUUUUCUGCUGAAGAUUCUCUCUUGUCUACUAUUUCGCGGGAUGGACAAGUCCUCCUUUAUGUUUUGAACCGACACAGUUUACAAAGCAACAGGACUUUUCCUCUUGCUUUGCAAGAUCUUGAAAAGAUAGGACAGUCCAAUCCCACAGACAGUCUUAACUUCAGCGCUGUAGAGUUGGAAGCUCAGUGGAUGGAUGAAUCUAUAGUUAUUCAGCAGUCUGUCCAACUCAUCUUGGAGAAAUCAACAUCAGCAGACUGGAUGCUAAGGAUGCGAUGGCUGUGCCACUUGGCAAAAAAGCUACCAGCUGAAAUGGAUCAGAUCCAUACAGAAAUAGAUGCUGGAGGACAUGCUUUGAGCAGAUUUUACUCUAGUCCACUCCCUAAAGAAAUGAAUAGCGUGAUAAAACUCAUCCAGACUUUUAUUUUAGAUGAGAAUUGUAUACCACUUGAUCUCCGUUGGAAUAUGCAGUUAUUGGACGUUGUAAAACAUUCCCUUAGCCUCGACACAGGCAUGGAAUCUGAUAAGGAGCUAUUUCGCAUGCUUGACAAUGUUAUAAACAGGGGAUUGGUUCUUCUCAACCGGCAAAGACAGUCAUAUAUUGAGACUACCUCAUCCAAAAACCUGAAGAGAUCAAGUGCUUUGAAAAUUGCUGUAGAUUUUCACCAAGAUCCUGCUGUUCACCAUGAUCUUCCUCACCCAGUGGUUGCCCAUCUUGUUGCUUUCUUUGACCUAUGGGACAUUCUUGUGUUUGAGUACCUUCAGUCCAACCACACGCCACUAUCAAAUGAAGCUACAAGUGAGUUGUUAUGUUGCCUCAGGUGGCGUGAUCGGUUCAGGGUGCUGUCUGAGACCGUUGGAUUAGAGACAGCUGAUUUGGCCUUGCUAAACUUUCAUUGGCACUGGGUGGAAAAAUACUCCUUAAAACCGAUUACACAGCUGUUCUUUGGACAUGAGCAUCACAGGCUGUCUCAGGAAGUUCAGUCUGUCUCUGUGAGUAUUCAAGAAUGUCUCUCAUCCACACAGAUGCCUGCCAGCGUAAAGCUGCUUCAAAAAAUCCUUGGCAGACCUCUGCCUUUCAAGGAGGAGUCUGUGGUACAGUGUAUGGAAAAACUGAAAGCUCUCAGCGCCUCCCUUAAUGUAGCAGAUCUGAGACCAGCUAAGGGAGAGAGCAACUGGAUGCAUGAUGUCUGCAGAUUAAAAGCAGCUUGCUCUGACUGGGAAACCAAACUCAAAUUACUUCAAAAAUGGACAUCUAUCCUUCGUGCAAAUCAUCAAGAUAAUGUGGACACUGAGGAGCUCUGUGUGUCAGUGGAAUUACUGAGUUCACGUAUGAAGAAACUGAAAAUUCCUUUAACUGAUGAAAAAAGUACUGAAGAGCGAUUGUGUACUGAAAUGAACCAGGAAGAUUUAGCACAGGUUUCAAGUAAAGUUCAGAUAUGGCCUGGCAUGGAUUAUCUCAUGCUUCUGUGGCAGUACAAACUGACGACUGACUUGCUGUCACAUUCUUAUUAUGUAAGAAAGAACAUGCAGUCGGACUUGAAUCAGCUGGUGUCAUUUUGUUUGAAACAAACCUCAAUACCUUCCCAGCAUCUUCGAGCUUUCAACUUUCUAAUUCAGCGUUCUGAGAUUAGUUCCGGGGAUGUUGCAUUGCUAUGGUCAGAGCUUAUAUGCAGCGUAUUUUCAUCUUUCUGGAAUAGUACUGUGAGCACUGAUCCAGAUUACUGGUCAUCCUGGAAACCAGUUCCACCUCCAGGUGAAAGUACCACUCAUGUUCUUCUGGAACCUUCUGUGAAGGGUCCUGCCAUGUUAAGUAGAGCUGUGUUCUCCAAAUGCUUCUGUGAAGUUCUUAUGAACAGCAGCAAACCACUACCAUGGGAUUUGAGCGGGCAUCUGACCUCCCAUGUUAGCCUGGCUGAGGGGACUGAGAAAACACACCAACUACAAGUGAUCAGCUCAACACUCUGGACAAAUAUGGCAGUUUCUUCUUUGGCCAACUUUAGGAGCACAGAUUCUAGACUGCAAGGUCUUUUGUUAUAUCACCACUUUGUCGCAUUGAAGGACCUUGUACCCUCCACUGUCCAAGAAGAAUUUUUACAGUAUUGUGACCAUCUUCCCUCAAAAGAUCUCUCUGCAUAUCAUUACAUCCAGGAUAUUCUGGGAGACUGGUCCAGCCAGGAUAAGUUGCCUGGGGACAUUAUUAAACUCUUGUUGACAUGCUUGCAGCAGUUUUAUGCCGAUGUUGAUGAUUCCGUUCGAGCUGCUGAGGCAGCCCAUCGAGGAUCCCUGUGGAUUAACUUGGGCUUACUGCAGUUUCACCUGUGGCUACCACAAACUACAUUUGACCCAGCAAUUAAGAGGAAAUACAAAUUGCAAUAUGCUGAAGAAGAGCUACAUCAGCUAGAGUGUGAAUUUAAAACAAAGAAUUUGUCCAGCACUCUACUGACUGGAAAAGAAAUCAAAGAUGAAAGUUUAAAGAAGCACAUUCAUCCACAUAUCAGUGUUCUUCUACAGAGAAUUCAAAAAUUGAAAGCAGUGAUCAAUAAUCUUUCCAAAAAGCAGGCUUAUCGCCCAAGUUGCCCCAGCUAUGACACAUUGUACCAAGAUGUCCACAACUACCUCAAUAGCAUUGGCAAAAUGUCUUCUAUUCAGGACUUUGCUUCACGACUUCAAAAAAUACUAAGCGGAAAGGGAACAAAGUCACGACAAAGUCUUAACAACCUGUUAUCUGAGGAAGCAGCAUGGCAGCGCUCACAACACCAAUUUAGAAAGCGCCUUGCAGAAGACUAUUCUUUUUAUCCAGACAUGGUAACUCCCCUUCAGGCUGCUAUAUUGCAAGUUCAGCAUGGUAUAAGGAUAAUGGCUUCAGAAAUCUUUACCACAAUGAACAGCACCCUCAUUUCCCCACCGAAGAUCACAAUUCUACUUACCUGUCUUCUUGGUUUCCCUUCCGUAUGCGAUACCUUUCCAACACACUUCUCGCGCGCGGACAGUUUGUGUUCCGUUAGUUCCCUUGAUAUUCUAAAAAGCCUUAAAAAACUGUCUCAGAAAUAUCCAUCCAAAGACCAGUCUACCCAAGGAAAUGAUUUAAGUACUUGCCUCACUAAAGAGCAGCUACUAGUGAAUGGGCUGCUUUACCUGCUUUCCCAUGUUCUUUGCCAAGGAGAAAUGGAUGAGGAAUCCCUGAACCUAUUCAGGCACAUCAACCAGGCCAUUAUCAAUGAGUGGGAUGAGCAGGAGCAGAGAGCUAGAGACCGCGAGCAGGAAGAGAACAGCCUGUUUAAAUACAAGACUAAGAGUCUUGGCUCUGGACUCACAGAAGAUCAAGAAGAUGACAAUGAAUUCCACCUACACUUUCCCACUUAUGAACAGGAUUUUGCAGAUAUAACGGCACAGCCCAGUCUAGAUGAACGUAUGGAGACAGGGACCAGUGAUGGUGAAGCAGAGGCAGAUGAUAUACUAGUUUCUGAGAGUUCAGCACAGACUUUAAUGCUUACCCACCAGCAGUUAUGUUUGAGUACUGCCAGAUCUCUGUGGUAUCACCAGAACUCAGAGCAGCAUUAUGCCAAACAUUACAUCAGUUUGUUCCUGUCAUGUUAUCGGACAAGUGCUGUCCUUAUUGAAAAUCUGUAUCCCCUAAUUGGCUCUGAAGUGAAUGAUCAUCUUUUGGGAAGCCAUUUGCUGGCCAGUACUCUUCUUCAGAACACAAUGUCUGGAAACACUUCAUCAGAUAUUAUAUUGCAGCAAGAUGGGCCCUAUGAUUUCUAUCAGCAUCCUAAUAUCCAGCAGGUCAGGCAGUGCCACCAUGUGCUUAAUCGCUUCGUCAUGGAGAUAAAAAGGCUGCUGGAAGAAUGGCCAGAACAUCCUGCUUUGAUUCAGCUGGUGGUUAUAAUUGAUCGAAUUCAAGGAUUUUCAUUAUCCAGCCCCCUUUCUAAGUUCUUAAAUGGUUUGGAGUUUCUUCUAGCAAAGUCUCAGGACUGGGAAGGAAAUGCUAGCAGCAGUCUGUCUUUGCGUAAAAACCUUGAUGAAGUUACACAGAUUAUUAUCCAAUGGCGUAAACUUGAACUGAACUGCUGGUCUUUAAGUCUCGACAAUGCUGCAAAUCGACAUUGUAAAAAAUCCAACAAGCACUGGUUCUCUAUUUACCAGAUGAUUGAAAAGUACUUGGAAUCAGACAAGAAACCAGAUAAAAACAGCGAGGAGUCAACAUUACAGUCUAUUACAAAGACACUUCAAGCAUUCAUUGAAAGUUCUACACUGGGAGAAUUUCACUCACGUCUUCAGAUGCUGUUGGUUUUCCACUGUCAUGUGCUGCUUGUGAUAGAGGCAGAAAAGAAUGGUAUGAAUCUCUACCAUUACUAUAAACAAUUUUUGCCAUCUAUCCAAGCAAGGAUUACUGAAUUACGUAAUCCAGUGGAAAAAGAGCUAAAGGACUUUGUGAAAAUAUCCAAGUGGAACGAUGUCAGCUUCUGGUCUGUGAAGCAGUCUGUGGAAAAGACGCAUCGAACACUCUUUAAAUUUACAAAGAAGUUUGAAGCAGCUCUGUGUGAACCAUCUUGUCCUGCACUAAUUGAAAGUGUUCAAGAGCAACAAAUGGAUUUCAAUGACAGCUCCGCAGGUUUAAAGAUCAAAGGAAGCUCUGUACUACAACCACGGUUAAUUUCCAUUCUGAAGGCUACUUUAACUGGAGCAAGCAGUGCACCUCUAAACUGUGGAGAGAACAUUUAUUCGUCAGAGUCUCUUCAGCAUCGCCUGCCUAAAUUAACAAAGAAGAUGGGGAAACUGUGCACUACAUUUAUAAAGAAGAGCCAAAUGCCAGCAUUAUUUGAAAACCUCAAUGAAUUUACAGAAGGUAUCGCUGAGUCUGUAAAAGAGCUUCAGAAUCUUACUGUAAACCAAACAGCUGAGAAGGAGAAGCAGAAGUCAGAAGCCAAGAACAUCCUAUUGCAGAAGCAGAGGGCACUCUCUGAACUUUUCAAAAUGCUCGCCAAAAGUGGCUUGUCAUACCGAAAAGGGCUUACUUGGAUACGCACUAAGAACAAUCAGGAUAUACUUUGCCUGCAGCCAUUGGAUGUGAACAAUGCUUUGACGAUCUCAAACAACACAGUGGAGACCAAUGCUGAGUUACUAGGUGAAAUCACAGCAACUUGGGAUGGAUGUCAAAAAUAUUUUUACAGAUCUCUGGCACGUAUCUCAAGAUUAGAAACUGCACUUGUGUCUCCUGCAAAGGAAUUAGGAUUGGGGAACAUUGAGCGAUCCAAGGGUUUUUCUGGUCACCUGCUAAAGGUUCUAGUGAAGCAGAGAAGCUCUCUCACAGAUAUUACUGAGCAGUGGAUUAUGUUCAGAAAAUUGUUACGCAGCAUUCAGGAGAUCCAUUUACGCUUAGAUGCAUCUAAUGAUUACAAGAUUGCUUUCCCACCUCAGGAUGGGGUGCAACAAUGGUUUGACAGACUUCAGCAACUUAUUACACAAUGCAGCGUUGUACUGAAGGAGCUGUCAUGGUUUCUAGAGUGUUGCCCCAUAAAAGCCAGUGAUAGUGAAGAUGGUAUUUCUAAGGCAACAGAAUUGAACACUCCAUCUCCUGCUACUGUUGAGUGGCUGCCAAAGCUGUGCACUAUGCGCAAAUCGGACAAUGACUGGCAGCAGCUGAAUGAUUCAGUGACGAAAAUGUUAAGAGAAAUAAGAACCUCAAAGACAGCUGUGGAUAAAAUCCGACCGCCGCCUGGCGAGACUCCUUUUUAUUCUUGGACAAACUUUGAAGCUUGUUCAGGAGCAUUGGACAUCAUGCAAGAGAUCUCUGUUGACUUAAGGGAUGUUGAGUUGCUGUUUCUUCUGCCUGAGACAGAAGUGAAGGAGGCUGCACAGCACAUGAGCUUUCUGAAGAGCAUCCACUACCUCAGAGAAGAGAUCCGUAUCGCAGGAAGGGAGUUCUCCUUGUGGAAAUCCCGUUUGCAGGCAAUUGGAAGAGCUAAGAGAAGCCAAGAGUCUGAUGAAAAAUACGUCCAAGGUUUUUCCGACCAAGUGGAAGUAACCAUCAAAAAAAUUCUACAUGCAAUUCAGAACCUUAGGGAGAAAACUAUUGGGAAGGAAGAGCAAGGAACUGUAAAAAAAGAGGAUGAAGAGAACCCAAUGAACAGCCUGCAAGAAGGCCUUAUUACAAGACUGCUGACUGAAGACCUCUCCCGUGAUUUGAAAGCUUUGGAUGUACAGGCUAUAAUCUCUGCGGUCACAGAGCUUCUUGAGAGGCUUAAAGCCUAUGGUGAAGACUGCGUCAAGGACAAGCAUUUGUUUUUUAACCAAUGCUGUGGCUUGCUUGUCAGACUCUCUCCGAUGCUGUCUGCCUAUUCUGACCUGCUCCUGUUUUACCUUGCCGUGUCCUUGGCAACACACAGGGAAACAGGAAAACUGCUUUCUGUUUUGACCCAGAUAUUUGCAGAACUUGCCCAAAAGGGAUUCUGUCUGCCCAAAGAUUUGAUUGAAGAUGCAGCCGGUGAGGGAGCAACUGAGUUCCAUGAUUAUGAGGGAGGUGGAAUAGGAGAAGGAGAAGGCAUGAAAGACGUGAGCGAUAAAAUUGAAAAUGAAGAUCAGGUUGAAGACACCUUGCAAAAAGGCCAGGAGAAAGUGGAGGAGGAUCCAGAUUCCAAGCCAGAUAUAAAAGAGGAAGAUAAUGCCAUUGAGAUGUCUGAGGAUUUUGAUGGGAAAAUGCACGAGGGGGACAAAGAAAAGCAAGAGGAGGAUGAGCAAUCUGACAAUGAGGAAGAAGACCUGGAUAAACAAAUGGGAGCGCUUGGUGAUGCGGAAGCAGACAAGCUUGAUGAAAGACUUUGGGGAGAUGAAGAUGAAGAGGAUGACGAUGAUGAUGAGGAGGAUAAAACAGAAGAACAAGGACAGGGAAUGGACACGGGAGAGUCUGAUCUGGUUGCUAAGGAUGACAACCAGGAUGCUGGAAAUUCAGAUAAAGAUAAGAAGCAGAACAUGAAGGAUGAAGCAAAAGACCAGCAGGCUGAUGAUGGCCAAAAGGACAAAAUUCAUGAACAAAUUGAUGAGCGUGAAUAUGAUGAUAAUGAGGUGGAUCCUUACCAUGGUAAGCAAGAUACUCAGCAAGAACCAGAAUCUCUGGACCUUCCUGAUGACCUGAAUUUGGAAAAUGAUGAGGGUAAAGGCAGCGGAGAUGAAAAAGAUGAAGAGAACGGUGAAGAAGGAAAUCCUUUUGAUAUUGAUAAAAAUCCAAUGGAAGUAAAUGAAGAAAGUAAGGAACAGGAUGGUGGUGCUGAAGAGAAUUCUGAAAAAGAGGUUCCAGAAUCUGAAGAAACAGAGCAAGCAACUGAUCAGGACAAGAAUGAGGAGGAGUUGCAAGGAGAGGGUCCACAAGAAGCAGAGGAGGAAAAUGGCCAGGACCAAGGAGAGAAAAUACCAGAUGCUGCAAAAGAAGAGACCAGUGAAAAUGAAAAACGUGAAAAUGAAAUAUCAGAUGAGCAAGGACCCUUGCCUCAGAAUGAAGAAAAGUCUGAGAAUGAUGAGUUGCAGGACUCCAAUGAAAGAAUGGAGCAUGAAACAUAUGGCAAGACUGCAGAGGACAACCUGCAAAGCGAGGAUGCUGCUGAACUGGCUGGUGCUGCUUCAGAGAAGGAUGAAGCCAAAGAGGAACAUGGAACUGGAUCUGCUGAUGCAAGUCAGUCUGAGGGGCAUGAGUCCAAACUAAUGGCCCGUCUGGCUUCUCAAAAAGAAAGUGUGCGCAAUACACAGAGCUUCAAACGUAAGCCGGGCCAGGCAGAUGACGAUCGCACUUUAGGGGAUCACAAUGAACAGGUUCAUAAGCGGUUGCGGACUAUGGAUUCCAUCACUGAAAUGGGAAAUGACGACACACAAGGACAAGAGCACAAAGAAGAAGCUGAUGCUUAUGAGCACAUCAAACAUGGAACAGAGUCCUAUGAUGCACAGACAUAUGAUACAGCCAGCAAAGAGCAAGAGAAAACGCAGCCACAUAAUAAGGAACCAGAUGACAGCGCUGUGCAGGAUGUGGAAAUGGAGUCGCAUGAAGAUGAAAAUUUGGAAGCUGUUACUGUGGAGCGACUAAAGCCUGAAGAACAGAGUUCCAGUGACUCAAAAACACUAGGACCUAAGGAAACUGAUGUCGAAUUGCAAGGAAUAACAAUGGAAGAUGAUGUACACAGAAAAGAUGUGGAACUUCCAAGUGUGGAUAAGGAAAAACGUGAGAGAAGCACAGAGUCUACCAUUCAUACUGUCUGGGAGUUUUUGAAAGAAGGCUCUGCACUGAUGCCUGAAAAUCCUGAAGAACUCAGAAGAGAGCUUGAAAAGCAGCUGGAGGAGUGGCAGACACAUCCUAUUGGGAAUGCAGAGGAGGAGAAGGCAGCAGCUGAAAUGUGGCAGAGAUAUCUCCUCCUGACUGGUUCUCUGUCUCAGCAGUUGUGUGAACAACUGAGGCUCAUAUUGGAACCAACACAGGCAGCCAAGCUGAAAGGUGAUUAUCGGACAGGAAAGAGGCUGAAUAUGCGGAAGGUAAUUCCAUACAUUGCCAGUCAAUUUAGAAAAGACAAAAUUUGGCUGAGGAGAACAAAACCCAGCAAGCGCCAGUACCAGAUCUGUCUAGCUAUUGAUGAUUCUGCCAGUAUGGUUGAUAACCAUUCUAAACAGCUUGCUUAUGAAGCAUUGGCUGUAAUUGGAAAUGCAUUGACUCUGCUUGAAGUGGGACAAAUUGCUGUGUACAGCUUUGGAGAGAAGGUCAACGUUUUACAUCCUUUCCAUGAACAAUUUAGUGAGCAGUCUGGAUCCAGGAUCCUCAGUCACUGCAAGUUCCAACAGAAGAAGACUUUGCUUGCUCAGUUUUUGGAAUCUUCAGUCCCCAUGUUUGCAGCUGCACAACAGUUCUCUCAGAGCACUAAUCCAGAAACUGCCCAGCUCCUCAUAAUUGUGUCAGAUGGAAGAGGAAUAUUUGUGGAAGGGAAGGACCGUGUCACAAAUGCCGUACAAGCAGCCCGCAAUGAGAACAUCUUUAUUAUAUUUAUAAUCUUGGAUAACCCAAUGUCUAAGGAUUCCAUCCUGGAUAUAAAAGUCCCGAUAUUUACAAACCCGAAGGAAAUGCCAAAAAUGAUAUCUUACAUGGAACAGUUUCCCUUUCCAUUCUACAUCAUUCUUCGAGAUGUGAACGCCCUUCCUGAAACCCUUAGCGAUGCCCUCAGGCAGUGGUUUGAAUUGGUGACUACCUCAGAGCAUCUGUAAUCUAUGUCUGUGCUUUACACCACUCGUAUGGAUAAGAUACCAGAAGAGGCACAAGAACCCCAUACAAAGUGACAUCCUGCAGCUCCAGUGUGAUUUCCUGUGUCCUGCAGCUCAGGUCAAGUCAUUUCAGCAUUGCAACAAGCUCUGCCCUCAUUCAUGACAAAACGUACCUCUUGAUUUAGAAAAUCACAUACCUCCAGCAAGUUAAGGGAUCCAGUCAGCUUUCCCUCUCUGUACGUUAUGGAAACACUGUAGCAUACAUCCUUCCCACUGCUACAUGUGGUAAAGACUGUAAAGUAAUAUAAUAUGUAGAGUCAUAGACCAUGUUUGUAUCUCUUCCCCAUUCUAAAAACAAAAGUCAAUGUUUUAUUCUUAAAGUUUUUUUUCUGGGGUUUGUUUUUUUUUUUUUUUAGUAAGCCAAAGUUCACUUAAACAUUUGAUCAGAGAUCUGAAAUAUUUCUCGUUUAGUUGUGGCCUAAAUUGUCUAUCCAUCCUCUGUGAAAUGUAUUGUUGUAAAUGGCAACAUUAUACUGUGAAGUCUGCACAUUUUAUAUAAUAUUAGGGCGUACAGGUUCGACAAAUCUACAAUACUGUUUUUCUAUCCUAAUAGCUAUGCAGCCUAAUAAAGAUCAUUCUUUAUAAUUUGA